AAAAAAAAAAAACCCAAAAUAACUAAGUUUUCAUUUAAAUGCAACUUUGGGCGGUUGGAAUUUUAAUGAAAUAUUCAAUUGUUUUGAAAAGCACUACCAGCGCUCGUCCGGGGAUUGUAAAAUUUAAUAAGGUGUUCGUAAGUCAAACACGGCGUUGAAAUAUUAUACGUGUUCACUGUCUUGGAGGAAAGUUUUUCAUUCCUAAUUUUUAACGGUGUUAUAACUUCUAUUGUUAUCUUGUCUUGCUUUGUGUCAUUUUUUGACAACCGUUCAAAAACUAAAAAUUAUUUAAGUUUUCCGUCUUUAAUGCAUUAAACGUUUUUGUAAUGAAAUAUUUGAUGUAUUCUGUAUAAGAAACCUGUAAGUGUCGCGCCACCGUUUAUACAUUUACCGCAUUUUUGCACAUCGUGUUGUCACGUUGUCAAUAUUGUAUUAAAGUUUCAGAGCUGCGAAAAAUAACUUGCCAACUUAUAUUAUUUGUGUCUAGUAGUUUGGAAGAUAUACGUUACUUAUAUAGGAUUAAAAUAAACUUAUUGAUGGAUUAAUAUUGCUUAUUCGUUUUAUAGUUAUUUAAUUUUGAGAUUAGUCGCAUAACUUUAUACGAUCAUGUACGGAGGAUUUAACAAACGUAACAUUCCUAUGUAGAGUUCAUAUAAUAUAUUGUAAAUUACAAGGAGUAAGAUGAAACCUUUUGAAGAAGGACGUCAGUUCGACAAGAAUUUUUGAAAUGACGUAGUUGUGUGACUUGUAGUUGUGUGACUUGUCAACAACAAUGGCAUGGUACGAUAUUCGUUUCGGACUGUCUCUGACACUUUCGGCGACGUUGUUUAUUGGAACACUGAUCAUUAAUGGAGUUUCUGUAAGCAUCCUAAGGUCGCAUGAAGAAUUAAAACCUUGGUUUUUACCAUACUUAGGGUUUCUUCUAUUUCCAGUUAUUAUUCUCCACAUUGUGUCAGCAGUUCUGUUUCUUGCGGAAAAGGGAGACAAAGUAUCUACGAAAUCAACUGUUGGAUUGGCAGUUCUUCAUCUUCUCCAGCUGGGAUUUCUAUGGCGUCAUGUGGUUGUAUUUCGCGAAGUAGACCUCAACUUACAUGCACAAGGAAAAAACUAUUUGAAAUAUUUGCAGCUGGUGUUUACAUUUAUAUUUUUGUUACCUCUAUUAUUAAUUCAAACUUUUAUCAUUAUUUACUUUAAUUUUACCGACUGGAUAUUUAUUGUAACGCUACUGCUCACAUUUUUCGGGACGUGUUGGUUUUUAGCCUCGUUUCGGAUAACAAAAAGACAGGAUGAGUAUGAAGUCCAAGAAUUUAGUUUCAUCGGCGUUAUUUGUCGUCUGUUAUGGCGUACUGGGGAAGUGACGUUUAGAGUCACGUGUCUGGCACUGUUUGCGACAUUAUAUUUCUACUGGAUAUUUUUAAUAUUGGGGCUUCAUGGAUUGAUUAUGUUCAUAUGCCUGUCAACCAACUUCGGGUUGUUCAACAAACAAAGUGCGCUUAAGUCAAACAAAGUGCUUGUGAAUGGAAUGUUAACGUACAUAUAUCUGUUCUGCUUCAUAAAUUUCGACACAGAACAAGCAACAUUUAGACACUCGUUCUAUUACCUCGUCAUGUUCCUCGAGAACAUCGUGCUGACAGUUGUCUGGUAUAUCCAUGUGGACGAUAACACAGUCAUGUUUAACAAAAACAUAUUCGUGCUAAUAUCUGCAAGUGCCUUUGUCGUAGGAGUGAUAUCUUUGAUUUUGUACAGAAUAUGUUUUACUUCAGUUCCGUUAUUCGAUUCAGAAAAGGAACACAUUUAUGAAUCUGAAGGUUGUAUUAACUGUAGAUUAAGUCUGUGUUCAAAGCAUAGCAUAAAAAUGCAAAGACCAUUCAGUGCAGGAUAUUUUUCGCAAUAUCAAAACGCUGUUUCAAAUGGCCAGUAUUACAAAAAUAUUUUACAAGAUACGUUUCUUGACUCAGGUAGUGAAUCAGCAGCCGAAAUUCUAAACUCUUCAGGAGAACAUUGGCAAAUUCGAGAUACGGAUCUGGAAAGUAUUCCAACUGCCGAGAAGAAGCAGUAUACUGCUGUUCAAGCGUCUGGCACGUAUACACACAAACGCUUCUUUGACUCAGAUUCUAGCAUCGCAAAGAUGACAGACACAGAUUCUAUCUCGAGCGGAAGUGGCGUGUAUGAGAAAGAUUGGCGCCAGAAUUCAGACACAAUACUGUCACAGUUAUCUACCAUGGAUGCAUUGAGUUUGGUUAGUAGUCGAACACGUCUGCUGACGGACAGCUGGGAUAACCUGAUUCAAAAGAAUUCAGAGGUUGCAGAAGACAAUAAGCAUCCUGUAAAAAUAGAUAUUUUGAAUUCAUUAAUCAGAAAAGAUCACGACACAAGUUUCUUUUCUGAUGGUUACAUGACGGACCAUACUUUGGACAGCUACCAGCUUCCGGUGACUGUUCUUGCUAAAAAGCGUAUGGCUGACAGAAAAAAGAUCGAGCCCGCAUAUUCAACGGCAUCUGAUUCAACUGAUUGUACAAUAUGUGCUUUUAUGCGGCAACAUCAAUCCAGUCCAGAAGAAUCGAGAAGAAAUUUCAGCAUCCGCGAUGGAAUUCCUGAGGAAACAGAAUAUAAAACUACUAGAAAGAAAAGACGUGAAUAUAGUGCAUCGAAAAGUGCUAGCAGACAUAAAAGUUAUGUGCCAAAACCUAAAGGCAAUCGUGAUAAAAACGGAGUAUAUUCACAUAAAUACGAAAAAGCGUAUUCUCGCCAGAGACGUAGGGACAUGAUAGGAGUAACUGAUUCUACCUCAAAAACUGAUAGUCGCCAUAUUAAUACAUCAGCAACAAACCAAUCUAAAAUGUCACUUAAAGCCGACUAUUCCAGUUCCGUGGCCGAUACGUCUAUUGACGAAAGCAGUGUACAUUCCAUCAGACGUUCCAGUGACGUCUGUUCAUUCGUUCAAACAAAGGGCAGCAACUCUGUAACAUUCAGUGAUUCUGAGGACUCGGCUUAUCCAAGAAACACACCAGUCAGUGAUUGGAGUGGGUCGACACAUAAAUGUGUCAGGGAUAAAACAGUUUAUGCAAAACCGGUUAAACAUAUAUACAAUGACAAGACAGAGAAAUACAGUUCUGUCCGACACACGCCGACAAAAGACCCGUCAAACGUCGGAUUAUCCUUAAAGCCUCCUCUUCGUACAUAUCUUGCAGCUACGGACAACGACAAGGAUGGUACAAGUGAAUCUUCUUGUGAAAUGAUUAUUUAGAUAUAUAUUUAUACUGAAAUACUUCCAUUUACUACAUAAAUCCUCAAAACAAGUCAACCAUUAUACUUAAGAUAUUAAAGAUCGAAAAUGAAAACUUUUCGUAAACGAAACACCUCGUUUACGGUGCUAUUGUAUAUGAGUCAAAAUAUAUUUUUGCAACAAAAUGGAGAAGUUAGAAAUUAAAAUUUUGAAUAACUUUCAGCGAUUAAUCAUCCCAUUGAACAGCUGGAUCGAUGCCUCUUCUAGACGGAACAAGCUAAAAUGACCGAGAAUUUGUAACAUAUGGCUUAAAAAAUUAUUUCAAAAGUGAAUAAGGCAAUUUGUAUUUCCUUUAUGUAACGAAUUAAAAUACAAUUUUUUUUUGUUAAAGAAUCAAAUAUUUCUAAAUUCUUUGUCACUUGCCACUCUCAGAAGGAUACAUUCUAACAAAAUUAAACACUUUCAUUUGAAUUCAGCGUUUAUGGACCUUUAGGCGAAUGUAUAUGGAAAGGGCAUAAAUAAUAUUCAUUAAAUGAAAGAUAUCUUUCUUCCAGGGUAAAAGGUAUGGUCAGGAUUAUAGUGCCUUUUAUUUUGUCCAAUAGUAUGGACAUUUGUUAACAAAUUUCCCAUACAAAUGCAGUUAUACAUUGUUAUAUACGCAUGUAAUUUAAGAAAAAGUGAUGUGUUAUAUCAGGGAAUGUUCGUUACACGAAAGAACAGUUUUUGUUAUGGGAAGGAAAACAAUAACAUUUAAUUGGCUUAAAAGUUUAAUAAACUUAGAACUAUUAACUAAAAGAUCAACAACAUUGUCGUAUAAUAUGUAAUAAAAAAAUUGCUGAUCGUGUUUAACAUGAUAGUGUCAACAGUUUCAUUUUUUGAAAAUCUUAAAAAUAAUGUACGUUACAUGAAAGAACAGUUUUGUUACAGGAAGGAAAAUAAUUACACUUAACUGGUUUAAAAUUUUAAUCAACUUAGAACUAUUAACGAAAAGAAAACCAACAUUAUCGUUUAUUGCGUAAUUCAAAAUUGCUAAUCGUGUUUAACAUAAUAGUGUCAACAGUUUCAUUUUUAAAAACACUUACAGAAUUUUUGUUACAUGAAAGAACAGUUUUUGUUACAGGAAGGAAAAUAAUUACACAUAACUGGCUUAAAAGUUUAAUCAACUUAGAACUAUUAACGAAACGAAAACCAACAUUAUCGUUUAUUGCGUAAUUCAAAAUUGCUAAUCGUGUUUAACAUAAUAGUGCAACAGUUUCAUUUUUAAAAACGCUUAACGAAUUUUUGUUACAUGAAAGAAAAAUUUUUGUUACAGGAAGGAAAAUAAUUACACAUAACUGGCUUAAAAGUUUAAUAAACUGAGAAGUAUUUACUAAAAGAACACCAACUUUGUCGUUUAAUGCGUAAUUCAAAAUUGCUGAUAGUGUUUAACAUGAUAUAUGUCAACAGUUUCAUUUUUUAAUCUUUAAAGCUUUUUGCUACAUCAAGGAAAAUUUUGUUAUUGCAAAGAAACAUUCUGAAAGAUCGAAAGAAACCAAAGAAAAUCAACAGUCAAAGUCAGUGUUUGUGAGACUUGACAUGAACAAACAAAUGUUAACUUAACAUUAUUUUGAGUCACUGACUGUGUAGAAUUGUUACAUAAAGGAUGUUUAUGUAUAGGAUGAAUAAACAUUCCAGGAUUUAUCAUCUAG